GUUCGUUGCCUCGUCGUGAGCGGUUGUCUGCCUUCCAUAUAGAGCCCAUCAGCGACUUAGUUCCUCUCUUACCAGAGUUGGUAACACGAAAUACGAAAUACGUAAAUCUAACGAAAACCUAACAACAACUUGAAGCGUGCAGCCAAAGCGAACCAUUGGAUUAUCGCGCACGUUUCUCAAACAAUCAGCAAACUAAAAACAAAAUACAAAACAAAACACAAGCAAACAAAUUUUAUUUUGACAAAAACACGCAUGUUUUAGUUAAGCAAAUGUGACAAAACAUAAUAUUGGCGAAAACAAGAAAAUUUGAAAAAGUGAAUAACAGUGAAAACUCAAACACAUCACACAAGCAAAACAAAACGAAACACUGAAUUCUGCAUUUUAAGUUCUGUUCAUCAACGAUUUGAUCGGCUGAAAACCAGAAAUUGUUGCCAAACAAUCUUCAAAGACAAACAAUAGCACUAUGGAAAACUGAAAAAGUCCCAAGGAAAACUGCGAAAGAAUCGAAACACAGCGAGUGUAAACUGAGCGACCGAAAAGAGAGACAGAAAAAUCAGAGACCAAGAUGCAGCGCAACAUGAUGAUCGCGUUCGUGGGCAUCUGGUGCAUUUUGGCCAGCAUGGCAGUGGAGCCCGCGGCUGGUUUGGCCAAUUGCCCGCCCGGCUGUCAGUGCGACGAUAAUACCCUGGUGGUUCAGUGCGGCGAGGGCCAGCUGGACGUGCUGCCCAUCGCUUUGAAUCCCUCCAUCCAGCGACUGGUGAUCAAGAGCAACAAGAUCAAGACCAUCGACUCGUCCAUUCAGUUCUACGCGGAGCUGACCUUCCUCGAUUUGUCCUCGAAUCACCUGAUGACCAUACCCCAGCGCACCUUCGCCUACCAGAAGAAGCUACAGGAGGUGCAUCUGAAUCACAACAAGAUUGGCCAGAUCAGCAAUAAGACCUUUAUCGGUUUGUCGGCCGUGACUGUUCUCAAUUUGCGUGGCAACCAAAUCUCGGAGCUCCACCAGGGCACUUUCACGCCGCUGCUGAAGGUGGAGGAGCUGAAUCUGGGCGAGAAUCGCAUUGGCUAUCUCGAUCCCAAGGCCUUCGAUGGUCUCAGCCAGCUGCGCAUCUUGUAUCUGGAUGACAAUGCCCUGACCUCCGUUCCCGAUCCCGUCAUCUUCCAGGCCAUGCCCAGCCUGGCCGAGCUCUUCCUGGGCAUGAACACGCUGCAGAGCAUCCAGGCUGGGGCCUUCCAGGAUCUCAAGGGUCUGACGCGUCUGGAGCUGAAGGGCGCCAGUCUGCGCAACAUUUCGCACGACAGCUUUUUGGGCCUCGAGGAGCUGCGCAUCCUGGAUCUCUCCGACAAUCGCCUGGAUCGCAUUCCCUCCGUGGGUCUCAGCAAGCUGGUGCGUCUGGAGCAGCUUUCCCUGGGUCAGAAUGACUUUGAGGUGAUCAGCGAGGGCGCCUUUCUGGGCCUGAAGCAGCUGAAGCGUCUGGAGGUCAAUGGAGCCCUCAAGCUGAAGCGCGUGAUGACUGGAGCUUUCAGCGAUAAUGCUAACCUGGAGUAUCUGAAUCUCUCGUCCAACAAAAUGCUCGUUGAGGUUCAGGAAGGUGCUCUCAGUGGACUGCCCCAUUUGCGCCAUGUGAUGCUGAAGGCCAAUGCUUUGACCUCUUUGGCCGAGGGCCUGUUCCCCUGGAAGGAUCUGCUCACCCUGGAUCUCUCGGAGAAUCCCCUGUCCUGCGAUUGCCGCGUCAUGUGGCUGCACAACCUGCUGGUGGCCAAGAAUGCCAGUCAGGAGGAGGUUUCCGAGCUGAUUUGCGAGUUCCCCGAGCGUCUGCGUGGCGAAUCCCUGCGUCACUUGAACCCCGCCCUCAUGGGCUGCACCCAUGCCGAUCCUCGCAAGCAGGCUCUGAUUGGAGCUCUCCUAGUGGGUUCCGCUGCCACCAUUACCGCCUUGGCUCUGGUCAUCUACCGCUGCCGCCACAAGAUCCGCGAGACCAUCAAGGGCGGCGGCGGUCUGUGGGGCAACUCGGCGCUGGGACGCAAGGAGCGCGAGUAUCAGAAGACCUUCUGCGACGAGGACUACAUGUCGCGUCACCAGCAUCAUCCCUGCUCCCUGGGCAUUCACUCCACCUUCCCGAACACCUACACGGCGCCCCAUCAUCCGGGAGUUACCCACCAUUACGGAAUGUGCCCCAUGCCGGCGGUCAAUGAUCUGGGUGCCGUCGAUCCGCAGCAAAAGUUUCAGCAGCUGGCGGUGUCCACGAUGGUCAGCGAGAAGAAACUGAACAAUAAUAAGGGUUUGGUAUCCCAAGGAGCCGUCGAUGACAGCGCCUCGUUUGUGCUGCACAUGAAGUCGGCCACUAUGGGAAGGGAUGUCGGCCAUCAGGCGAAUCCCCAGCUGAAUCACUACACCAAGCCGCAGUUCCUGGCCGCCACCGCCACAGUGGGCGACUCGUGCUACUCGUACGCAGAUGUGCCCAUGGUGCACGGUGCCCCCUUGAAUCAGCCGCAGUUGCGUUUGACUCAGGAGCACUUCAAGCAACGCGAACUGUACGAUCAGGAAAUGAUGGGUGGUGAGAUCCUCGACCACAACUACAUCUACAGCAAUACCCACUACUCGAUGCCGCUAGAGCAGCUGGGUCGCAGCAAGACGCCCACGCCGCCACCGAUGCCGCCGGCCUUGCCGCUGAGGAAUGGUCUGUGUGCCACCACGGGAAGGAGGUCCUUCCAGCAAAAGACCGCCGCCCAGAAGCAACAGCAGCAGCAGCAGCAGAACAACAACACCCUGCGUCAGUUCACGCACUGAUCCUCGACCUAUCGACGCAGGCAGCUGAGCAUCUAUGCUUAGUAGUCCGCUGCCCAACACUGUGAUGCCAAAACCCUAAAGAACCCACUCCCUCCUCCCUACCCACACACAAUUAGAGUUUAGUUAGGAAAUAAGGAAAACAUUGUAGUAGCUGUAAUCGGAAUACAACCUAGGCAUUAAGUCAGACGAAAAAUCUUGCCUUGUAUAUAUAACUCUAGAAACGCACUCUUUUCGAACCUAUAGAACACUGAAGGAUCUCCCAUUCUAUCAGCACUUUGCCAACACUACUGUUUUCCUAACCCCUCCGAGCAUAAGUUAAUCGUAGCCCUAAGACCCCCAUGAAUUGUAAAUGAUAUACGAGUUUAGAUAAACUAAAGACAACAAAGCACUGAGAGUCAUUGUAAGCUUAAUUUUAACUUAUUUAAUUUAUUGUUAAAUGCAAAAUCGAAUCAAAUGCAAACCACUAUUUAUGUAUUAGUUAGACAAGAAAUUUAUGCAAAUUUAAGCGAAAACCAGAAAUAUGAAGAGAAAACAAAAAUAUACGCAAUGAAAACAGAAACUCAUU